AUGCGCCAGGGGCUGUACGUCAUCGGUGCGCUUCCGAUGCACGGCGGGCUCUGGACGUCCGAGGAGGUCGACCUCGCCAAGUUCCUCAUCGACGUCUUCCAGCGCGGCUUGCUUGAGAACGUGCCCGACGGCACAAAGCUCGGCGCGUGGCUUCCGGUCGUCAUGAAUUGCACCAAGCGCCGCCUCUUGCGCAAGGCGAUCACCGACCGCCAGACGCUCAACAAGUUGUACGCCUUCAACGCCCGUGCGGACGUCAACUUUGCGGGCCUCACGUCGACGCUCGAGAAGCUCGUGGCUGCCUUUCUUGCGACGGCACCGAUGCACCGCCAGCGCGGCGCCAAGAAAGUACGUCGGUGCGACCGCGGCGCCUAUGCGGACGAGGCUCCACCGACGUCGUCGCCGUCCAUGAAGCGAGUGGCAAGCUCCUCGCCGCCCGCGAUGAUGCAAGACGCUUCGUGCGCGUGGCUUCCUGACGUGCUCCCAAGCUGGUGCAGCAUCGAUAUGAGCCAGUUCGCGUCGCUGGACGACGACAUUGCGGCCGAGAAGAGCCUCGUUCUCGAACUCGACGCAUGGGCCGCCGAAGCCGUCCAGUGGAUCGAUGUCGAUGCCAACACCCUCCUGCUCGACAGUAUUGCCUCCAUGUAG